GUGUAUGUGAGUAUUUGUUGCGCGAAAAAGACAUUUUUUCAUCGCUAUUCCGUCAAAGUUCAAGUAAAGUGAAAAGGAAAAUUGCAAAGGAAUUAAUUGUGCUAUUUAAUGUGUGUUGUGCAUUUGAAAUCAAAUGACGAACAUUUCACUCGUCGAUUUUCGCAAUUUUAUUGAAUUAAAUAUUGAAAAUAUUUCGCAAUCAUCAGCCAUUAAAUAUACGUAGACUGUUUACAAUUACAUUAGUAUGCCAAGUUCAAGUAAAUGUUCGGCCACAAAUGAACCGACCGCCAUUGUAUCUGAAAUAAGUAAAGCGAAUAAUAUUACAAUCGACGAUAAUGGCUUGAAAAUAAAUACAACCAAAAUACCAACAUACAAAUUUUACGGUGAACGAUCGACAAUUGCAUCGUCGCUGCAAUCGAAACAACAGCCCAAAGAUGAUUCGAUUAAUAGUGAAAAAUUGAAUUGUAAACAAAAUGUGAAUAGUUACAAUACAUUGUCUGAGGGUAAAAUGAGCUGUAGGAUGAACGACAUCCAAGUGGGCGAUGAGGUGCUUGUGCAUUUCGAUGGGGGAAAUUUUUAUUUAGGUGUUAUUAAAGAAAUUCGUUCGGAUUCAUUACUUGCUCGAUUCGCGAGUGGCACAGAAAAGUGGGCUAAACCUAGUGAAAUAACCAAAUUGAAUGUGAAAAAAGAUGAAUCAAUGUGUGUGGUGUGCAAGAAAUUUGAUGAAAAUGUUCAAGUGUGUUCACAAUGCCAACGUGGUUUUCAUAAAAAAUGUUCGAAGCUUUCAAAAAGCGACGAAUCCUCGACCGAUUGGUAUUGUCAGAAAUGUUCUACGUCGUAUGCCGAUGCGAAUGAAUCAUCAUCAUCACAGCCAAUUCAUACGGGACGAAUCGUGAAGGCAAAAACUGUACAAGAGACAUGCUACUGCGGUGAAAAGGGUGACUGGUUCAUGCAAAUGCUUCAAUGUGCACGAUGUCUUCAAUGGUUCCACGCGAAAUGUACUAAAUGCUUAAACUUCCCACUGUAUUUUGGAGAUCGAUUCUAUUUAUUCGCAUGCGCUAGAUGCAAUCAUGGUGUUGAAUUUUUACGACGAUUACACAUGAACAUUGAAGAAGUGGUGCAUUUGUUGCUAUUCAAUUUAACACUGCGAUUUAGAAAACGAUAUUAUAGCUUGACCAACGUGAUUUAUCCAUAUGCACGAGAUAAUUGGCAUGCAUUGCAAUUACCACCCAAGUUGAAAAAUAUGAUGCUGAGUGACGUCAAAGAGGAUAUUAAGAAGGCGCUAGGAACCCAUAACGAUCGAUUCAAGCCCGGCAAUGACGUGAAUCAGAAAAUUCUAAGCUGGGCUUUAGUAUCACGAACACCACCCAAAGCACCAAACAUUGUACUACCACAAGGACCCUUAUUGACUGAAAAAUAUAUAAACGACUUAUUCAAAGAAGAAGCUAAAAUUAAUUUCAUGACACAAAAUAUUCAUAAUCCAUCCGAAGUAUCAUUUAACGACGCAAAAAUCAAAGAUGCAAUGGCCGGAAAAAGCGUAGAAACCCAUAUAAAAACGACGGAGGAUACGAGCUCCGAUGAUAUGGACUCGGGAGCAUUUAGUUCAACAUCAGACGACGAUAUAUUGGCCAAUUUUAAUUUAAAAGAUGCAAUCAGCAUACAGACCAAAAACUCAAACCAAGACCCCGAAACGGCGUCGGUAUUCACUGAGAAAUUGUCAAAGGGGCGAAAAUCAAGCGUGCCACAGCUUGGACAAAGUGAAAAAUCAAAUGAUACUUCAAUCGACUUUAAUUAUUCAUCCGAUGACACAUUAUCGUUCACAUUGGAUACCAUAAUUCCGCCGCCAAAAAAUUUCUCAGGCAUAAAUAAUCCAUUUUUAAUCGAUACCAAUGCAUGCCAUGAAAGCCGUUCAUUCGGCAUCAAUUCAAAUAAAACCAGUACACUAUUCAAGUGUACAAAUAGUGAAAAUGUUGUUCCUUCAAAUGUUGCACAAAAUAAACCAAAAGUUCAAUUGGUGCGAACGGUCAAAAGACGUUUAAGUGUAAAUGACAUUGAAAUGGGACCGAAUAAACGUCGGAAAUUGAAAAAACGACUCGAAAAUGUCGAAGUAAUAAGUACUUCAACUCUUUCAUCCCUGGCGGAUCUUCCAAAAUUGGCAGCCUAUCUUCCACUUAGCGCCGAUUCAAAGCGAAUUUCAAUUGCCGCACUUCGAUCUACGCUCAAAGAAUUUCCAACAAAAACAAAAGCUAUCGACAAAAAACGUGGCACAAGUCUCGAUUCGAGUUUAUUCGGCGAACAAAGCAAUUCCACAUCCGCCUCAAGCCAACCAGAUUCACAGCCAAUUACGGCAAGCUCCUCACUUAUUAGUUCAAUUUCAUCAUCCCCAAUAAAAGAUACAUUGAAAGAAGAAUCCAUGGCCGAUUUACAGUCAUCAUUGAAUAUAUAUUUUGGUGGUGUUGCCAAUAGAUUGGGAAACGGAGAAAACUUUGCCAUUAAAGGAAAACGUGUUCUAUCCGAUGGACGACUUCAGUAUUUAAUUGAAUGGGAUGGGAUUUCAUAAAAAUAAACAACGAUAUAUGUUUGUAUGGAAUUGUAUAGUAUCCUAUUCACUUGGCCAAUAUAAAACAGGCCAUGAAUUAUAUGUACAUUUGCUUACUGUCCUUUUCUUUUAUGAAGAAAUUUUUAAAAAAACUAUUAUCUUGUUACGUCUUUAGUCUGAUCAAAUGUAAACGAAUUAAUUGGAAAUCGAUACUGGAAGCGCCUAUCAAUUUCUGUGACAAAAUGUUAAUAUGUGAUGUGUUCAACCUUUCAUCAAACAUAUUUGUUGGCUCGAUAUGUUUUUUGUAAAAUUUGUUUUUCUUUUUUUUUAUUUCGGAAUGUCUGCGUUCCUUUAUAAUUUAUUAAAUUAUUAUUUUUACGGUAGUUAGAAGAUGCUUUGAAUUUGAUUUGGAAGGAUUUAAAUUGAAGAAAACAGGGCUGAUUUAUAAUUAUACAAAUUAAAUAGCAAAAAUGCGAAUUUUAGAAAGAGAUAGGAAAUAUUUUUGUAAUUUAAAAAGAAAUGUAAAAAUGUGCACCAACAUUUAUUGAAUUUUACAGGAAACUAAUAUUAUAGUAAACAUGUGACCCAGCAGAAGCUUGGAAUAGCAUUUUAGCAUUAACAAACUUUAUUCCAACUGAAUAACGGUUAAAAAUCAUAUGACAAAUAAAUUCAUAAAUGUCUAAUAAAUGAUGCAAAAA